AUGAAUAUGUUGGAUGAUGAAGAUGACAAAAGCUUUCACGCUACGCGUGACGGCUACUCCCAUUUGAGCGAUGUCGAAUGGGAUGCGGUUGAACGAAUGGGUUCAACCAUGGGCAUCCAUGCUGUUAGCGUCAUGCUAGAGGCUCUCAAUAGAGAUGCCCAACAUGCUACUAUCGCCAAGUUCAUUCCAAAUGAACUUGACGCAGAACGCGAGAAAGUAGCCUUGCUUCACCAACAAGGUUCUCAACAAGCAGAGUUGUUGAGAGAACAGGGUGUUCAACAGUUUGCACUGUUGAGACAGCAGCAGGCUGCUGCUAGUGGGUCGAUGCACUCGCGUCGACCCGAGACUUUGAAGAUUGACAUCUCCAAGUAUAGGGGGGUCGAAUAG